GGACGCCAUCCUGAGCCGGUACCUCCGCCGCUCGCGCCCCGGCCCCGCCCCACGCGGCGCCCCCUCCUCCCGACCCUUCGGUGCCCCAGCCCCGCCGGAUGGGAUCCCGACCCUCUCCUGUCCGCCUUCACCCACCCAGGAAGUUUUCUCCUUCCAGGCCAGACGCACCCCAGUUAUCAAGUGGAAAUCCUCUUUAUGAGAAAUACUAUAGACAGGUUGAUACGGGCAAUACUGGAAGGGUAUUGGCUUCUGAUGCUGCUGUAUUCCUAAAAAAAUCAGGACUUCCAGACCUGAUACUUGGAAAGAUCUGGGAUUUAGCUGACACAGAUGGGAAAGGUAUCCUGAACAAACAAGAAUUCUUUGUUGCUUUGCGUCUUGUGGCAUGUGCCCAGAAUGGAUUGGAGGUUUCACUAAGUAGUUUGAACCUGGCUGUUCCUCCACCAAGAUUUCAUGAUACCAGUAGUCCUUUGCUAAUCAGUGGAACCUCUGCAGCUGAGCUCCCAUGGGCUGUAAAACCUGAAGAUAAGGCCAAAUAUGAUGCAAUUUUUGAUAGUUUAUGCCCAGUGAAUGGAUUUCUGUCUGGUGAUAAAGUCAAACCAGUGUUGCUCAACUCUAAGUUACCUGUGGAUAUUCUUGGAAGAGUUUGGGAAUUGAGUGAUAUUGACCAUGAUGGAAUGCUUGACAGAGAUGAGUUUGCCGUUGCCAUGUUUUUGGUAUACUGCGCACUGGAGAAAGAACCUGUGCCAAUGUCCUUGCCUCCAGCCUUGGUGCCACCUUCUAAGAGGAAAACGGUCAGUAUAUCAGGCCCUAUGCGGUUGAUCCCCUCUUCAGCAUCAGCCAAGGAACCUUACCACUCCUUCCCACCAGUAGGCAUUUUACCUACCAAAGCACCGUUAAGACAGUGGAUUGUAUCCCCUGCAGAAAAAGCUAAAUAUGAUGAAAUCUUCUUGAAAACUGAUAAAGAUAUGGAUGGAUUUGUGUCAGGAUUGGAAGUCCGUGAAAUCUUCCUGAAGACAGGCUUACCUUCUGCCUUACUUGCCCAUAUUUGGUCAUUAUGUGACACAAAGAACUGUGGGAAGCUUUCAAAAGAUCAAUUUGCCUUGGCUUUUCACUUAAUCAAUCAGAAGUUAAUAAAGGGCAUUGAUCCUCCUCACAUUCUUACUCCUGAGAUGAUCCCACCAUCAGAUAGGGCCACUUUACAAAAGAACAUCAUAGGAUCAAGUCCUGUUGCAGAUUUCUCUGCUAUUAAGGAGCUAGAUACCCUUAACAAUGAAAUAGUUGACCUACAGAGGGAAAAGAAUAAUGUGGAACAGGACCUUAAGGAGAAAGAAGAUGCUGUUAAACAGAGAACAAGCGAGGUUCAGGAUCUUCAAGAUGAAGUGCAAAGGGAGAAUACUAAUCUGCAAAAACUACAGGCCCAGAAACAGCAAGUACAGGAACUCCUUGAUGGGCUGGAUGAGCAGAAAGCCCAGCUGGAGGAGCAACUGCAGGAAGUCAGAAAGAAGUGUGCUGAGGAGGCCCAGCUGAUCUCAUCCCUGAAAGCUGAACUAACUAGUCAAGAAUCACAGAUCUCCACUUAUGAAGAAGAGCUGGCCAAAGCUAGGGAAGAACUGAGUCGCCUACAGCAAGAAACAGCAGAGUUGGAAGAGAGUGUGGAGACAGGGAAGGCUCAGCUGGGACCUCUCCAGCAGCACCUGCAAGAUUCACAGCAGGAAAUCAGUUCAAUGCAAAUGAAACUUGUGGAAAUGAAAGAGCUGGAAAACCAUAGUAAUCAAUUAAAUUGGUGCAGUAGUCCACAUAGCAUUCUUGUAAAUGGUGCUACAGAUUAUUGCAGCCUCAGUACCAGCAGCAGUGAAACAGCCAAUCUUAAUGAGCACACUGAAGGCCAGAGCAACCCAGAGUCUGAGCCCAUACACCAGGAGUCUCCAGCAAGAAGUAGUCCUGAAAUACUGCCUUCUGGUGUGACUGAUGAAAAUGAAGAGGUGACUGUAGCUGUUAAUGAAAAAGUUUGUCCUGAAUUUAAUAGUGACAGACAUUCAAAAGAGGAAGAUCCAUUUAAUGUAGAAACAAGUUCACUGACAAAUCCAGUUGCAGAUUCAAACUUGGAUUUUUUCCAGUCUGAUCCUUUUGUUGGCAGUGAUCCUUUCAAGGAUGAUCCUUUUGGAAAAAUUGAUCCAUUUGGUGGUGAUCCUUUCAAAGGGUCAGAUCCAUUUGCAUCUGACUGCUUCUUCAAGCAGUCUUCUACUGAUCCUUUUGCCACUUCAAGUACUGACCCUUUUAGUGCAGCCGGCAAUAUCAGUAAUACAUCGGUAGAGAUGUUAAAGCACAAUGAUCCUUUUGCUCCUGGUGGAACAGUUGUUGUUGCAGCAAGCGAUUCAGCCACAGACCCCUUUGCUUCUGUUUUUGGAAGUGAAUCAUUUGAAGAUGGAUUUGCUGACUUUAGCACAUUGUCAAAGGUUAACAGUGAAGAUAUUUCUUUCCAAACAAAGGUCAACAAUGAAGAUCCUUUUAGUUCAGCCACUUCAAGCUCCAUCAGCAAUGUGGCCAUGACAAAAAAUAUGCUUGAGGAAACAUCUGUCAAAAAUGAAGAUGUACCCCCAGCACUGCCACCAAAGAUCGGAACUCCAACAAGACCCUGCCCACCACCACCUGGGAAAAGACCCAUCAACAAAAUGGAUUCUUCUGAUCCCUUUAAACUGAAUGAUCCAUUUCAGCCUUUCCCAGGCAAUGAUAGCCCCAAAGAAAAAGAUCCUGAUAUGUUUUGCGAUCCAUUCACUUCUACUACUACCACUACCAAUAAAGAGGCUGACCCAAGCAAUUUUGCUAACUUCAGUGCUUAUCCCUCUGAGGAAGAUAUGAUUGAGUGGGCCAAGAGAGAAAGUGAGAGAGAGGAAGAGCAGAGACUUGCCCGACUGAAUCAGCAAGAGCAAGAAGACUUAGAACUGGCUAUUGCACUCAGCAAAUCUGAAAUAUCAGAAGCAUGAAGAAACCUCCUGUUCUUCGUCAACCCCACAACACUCUCCUUCUUGAAUACUGAAGCUAUUUACAAUGUGUAUCAAACCUACCUGUGAGCAUGGGAAUACAAAAGGUUUGAGAUUCCUGUAAAUGUGACAAAAGUUUUGGCUUUUUAAACUCCAUUUCAGAUUUGUCUUUUUUUUCCCCUGUAAAAGUGGUAACCCAGAUGACGUGACCUAGGCCCCUGUUCUGGUGCAUUUAGUGUGAGCUUUCGCCUGCCUGUGCUACUCUUACUUGUAGAGAUAGAGCACCCAAGUUUCUGCCUUCUGGAAUAUAGAGAAAUAGUUUCACCCCUGUGCUACCCUUAUGCUGUAGUUACUCUAAUGAUAGCCAGUGGGGUUCUUAAAGUUGGCAGUAUACUCCCCUAAUUUAAAUGGUUGAAAGAGGGGAAGGGAAAGAACAUCCUAUUUCUUUUAUGAUAGAGCAAAUUGGCCAGUUUAAAGUACAUGUUUGUAUUUCCUUUUAAUCAAAAUACUGUUCAAUUUGUUUUUUAUAGACAAGAAAAAAUAUUUUGCAUAAAUUGAUUCCCACUGUUGAAAACGGGAUGUUUUAGAUGGAACCAUUAGUGCUUCAGACUCAAUCUUUUCCUAAAUAAAAACAUUAAACCCUCAUGUCUGAAAUAUAUUAAAAAAAUUUUUUUCUGGAUUUAAAGAAUUUUAGAUAAACAGAUACCUCUCUGUGAUUUUAAGCACUUAGAGAGUAGAGAAAAAUUAUCACCUAAAAUAUAUUCAUCAAUAUAAGAUAAGCAAAAAUCUUAACCUGGCAGCCAUUCUGCCAUUGCUAUGGCACUGUCCUCUUUAGUUCAUGGUAGGUUUAUUUUUUUACUUUUGCAGAAGAGACUUUAGUAAGCUAGAACUGGAAGGUACUUUAACUUUUUGUAUAUAUAUAUUUUUGUUUUCCUUAAUGAAGGCUCAAUUACUUGAAAUGUAAAAACAUUCUCUGAAUACAAAUGAAAAACGUGACAUGUAUUAAAUCAUUAUUGCUUUGUGUCCAUCUUUGUGGAUUAAAAUAGUCUAUUUUCUUUGUAUUUUUCAUCUACAAAAUUGGCAGGCUAGCAAAAAUUUUUUUGUUUUUUUAAAUUGGGAGAGAGGAGACCUGCCUAGUUAUCAAAUCUCUUUAUGUGUUAAAAGCCUAUCUUCUGCAAAACUGACCUAGCAGACAAGCUGAAUUUAAAAUGGACUAUGAAGUAGGCUGUAAAUUGUAGAGGAAUCUAAAUUUUUUUAACAUCAGUCACUGACUUAAAUAAUGUGUUAAAAACCAAGAUAAAGGAAAAUGCACCUAAAAACUAAUUAAAUAUGUCUUUGGUCACCAAGUCAAGGUGGUAUUGAUCUGUGUUAAUCAGAGUAACUUAUUGCCUAGCUUACGAAUAAAUUCCAUAAUAUCCAAUUA